AUCAACUAUAGAAUAAAACGCAUUUAUAUUUUUGAGUUACAUACGAAAAUGAGCGACAAGGAUUCUCCGCCGCCGCCAUCCUACACAUGCAAUUUGCAGCUGAAUGUUUCGCCAUCGCAGCAGCCACAAGUACGGGCCGUAUGCGGACCAAACUACGAGGAACGCAGCACCGAAUCCGAACUGAUAGAGGAGAGCUGUGUGCAGGUGCAAAAUGUUACGGUCAAGUUUUGUAUAUCGCAGGGCAAGUCCAUUGCCCAAGUUUAUCCCAAUUGCAUGACCAUUGGCGAGGUCAAGCAGGAUAUAUCACGUCGCUUUGAGGUGGAUCCGGAGCUAAUUGUUGUUAAGCAAGUGGAUCGCAUUCUCUGCAAUUCCAUACCCAUUAAUUCGACCAUUUGUGAUGAGUUUGGUAUACACGAGUUUCAGCUGGAACUCAAUGUGCCACAAAGCGCUGAUGGCAUGGACUCAAUGCCCAAACUGAGUCUGAGUGUGUACUAUGACAAAUAUCGUCUGCCUGACUAUCUGACCGUGCAUAUAUCUGGUGAGGAUACGGAGGAUGGGCAGCCCAAGAAUGUUGUGGUCGAGAUCGAAAAUGCUGCAAUUGUGAAGCCUUUUAUGUGCGGCUAUAAGGACAAGAUUAGUGGCAAAAUAUAUGAGGAUGCCUUUACACAAACUGGACCUUAUUUUGACAAAUGGAAGUAUAGACGGUAUCGCACACGGGAUACCCAAACCUGGGAUCACAAAGAGAAGACUUUGAAUACGGCACACGAACAAGCCGUGCAAUGCUUUUUAGAUGACAUCAACAUUAGAUACGUGUCCACGGCCACUGAUUUUGUCAUCAUACCUGGUAAAUAUCAAACAUAUGCGCAAAAGGAACGAGCCGAGCGACGGCUCGAGAAGAUUCUCCUCAUACAGCGCAACUGGCGACGCUGGAUACUCUGGAAGCAUAUUCACCUCCGUGCCAAGGAGUUUCGACGUCUGGUAAAAAAUCGCAUGGAUGAGGAUCAGCGUUAUGAGCAGUGCGUCGAGAAGCGGGUUGAGCGAAAUGAACUCAUCAAGCAAUUUCCCCGCUCCAAUGAUGACUUUGACUUGCUGUUUGCGGAAAUCUCACGUUGGAAACGAGCGGAACUUAAACGCAUUGCGGCUAAUUUUGAGGGACCGGCACGCAUCUCGGAGGUAAACAUUCUGCUGGACAAGGAAAUCCGUUUGCUGAACGGUGUGGAGCGACAGCGUCGAGUCGUUUACUUGGCCAUGGAGGACUUUCGGAAUGAUCAACUGCUCAAGGAGAUGGGUAAGCCGGUCGAGUGGAUUGGCUACAAGGAUACCAAAAUACACCUGGACCUGCUGCGUACGCAACGAGUGCGAUUUCUGACUGAGAUCUACAAGGAUUUGCGCAAAACGGUGGAUAAGGAGAAGCGACUGGAGCUGAUCAGGCGUGUCAUGGAAUUGCUCAUGGAUGAGACAAGUUUUCCCAACUUUCCAGAGCUUUUUGAUCUGUUCGAUCGGGAAAAAAAUCUGCUCAUCUAUACCAAGUCCUGCGAUGUGGAAAUCCUGCGCAAGCGUCAAAACAUAUUAUUCUUCGAGCUGAUUAAGUUUCAGAAACGCGAGCAGGGGGAGAAGAUUCCCUCGCGUAUGUGCAUCGUCUGCAAGAAGGUGAAGCCAUUCGCCCAGUUUGCGAUUCGAACGCGACAGAGUCACGUGGACACUUGCAAGCAUUGCUACUACCUAAAGUUGGUGGCCACAGAGAACAAUGUUUACCAGUCGAUUCUGCGUUGUAUUCAGCGAGACGAACGGAAGCGAAAGUGCGCCACAUCCUUUGCCUUUGUCAUCCAGCAGGACGAUGUGCGUCAUAUUAUUGACAAAAUCUGGCAUGGUCACUCAGCGCUGAGCAAGUCUGAAAACCUAAACGAACUGCGUUUGCCACGCUGGAAUAAAAGCGACGAUUGGUCGCCAUGGAACUGUGUUUGUCUCACAGAGCGUGAGACGCGCGAUCAUUAUAAGAUUGAGCAAAUGGAUAAGGUUUACGAUCCCAAGUUUAUAUUGCAUGUGGGCAAUUGCCAUAUGUUGUCACGCAAUUUGUUCCAUACACUGGCAGCUGUUGCCACCGAGUUCCAGGAGACGGGACAAUGGUGGAAGGUUGGCAUGAAUAAGCAGCGCAGCAGCGACCUGAAUGCGAUCUAAACGCUAGUAGAAAUUAGAAAAUAUUUACAAUAAUAUUAAAAUUUUAAUUAAAUUA